AUGGCUCCUUCUACCGAGAAGAACCUACAUGAGGUCGAAUCGGCCAGUGACUCCGUCGACAAUGGCACAGCAGAAGUCGUCAUGCCCGUCGGCCGAAAGUACAGAUCCGUUAAGAUUGGUCCUGUAACACUACCUCACUAUGCCAGCCCUGCCACACAGCUGGUUAUUGUCGCUUUCGUCUGCUUUCUGUGCCCCGGCAUGUUCAAUGCUCUGUCGGGCAUGGGUGGAGGUGGUCAAGUUUCUGCUGAAGCUGCUGACGAGGCCAACAUUGCCCUCUAUGCCUGCUUCUCCGUCGUUGGCUUCUUUGCUGGUAGCAUCGUCAACUACAUCGGCAUUAGAUGGUCUUUGUCUUUUGGUGGUCUGGGCUACUGCAUUUACGUGGCUUCGUUCCUUUGCUACACCCACACUCAAAACACAGGCUUCAACAUCUUUGCCGGUGCCCUGCUUGGUUGCUGUGCCGGUAUGCUGUGGUCAGCUCAGGGUGCUAUCAUGAUGUCUUAUCCUCCUGAAAAUUCCAAGGGCAGAUACAUCUCUUGGUUCUGGAUGAUCUUCAACCUUGGUGCUGUCAUAGGAAGUCUGAUCCCCCUUGGUGAGAACAUCAACGCCACUAGUAGUGGUACAGUCUCGGAUGGAACCUAUAUCGGCUUUAUCGUCUUGACAGCUUGCGGUGCUGGACUAGCCUGGUUCCUGGUAGACGCUAAAUCAGUUGUUCGCAACGAUGGCUCUCGCAUUAUUCUCAUGAAAAACCCUACUUGGAAGUCUGAGCUGUUGGGGCUUUGGGAGACGAUCAGAAGCGACCCAUACAUCAUCUGUCUUUUCCCGAUGUUUUUCGCUUCCAACUGGUUUUAUACGUAUCAAUUCAAUGGUGUAAACUUGGCUUACUUCAACACAAGGACUCGAGCUUUGAACAACACCCUCUACUGGACCGCACAAAUCGUCGGUGCAUUCGUCUUCGGUUAUUGCCUGGAUUACUCCAAGAUUCGCCGAACUGUUAGAGCAAAGGUCGCCUGGGUCGCCAUCCUGGUCUUGACACUCGCAAUCUUUGGCGGCGGGUAUGCCUUCCAGACAGGCUACACUCGCGAAUCCGUUUCAAAGGAAGCGGGUUACGUCUCCAAGGAUUGGAGCGAUCCAGGCUAUGUUGGGCCGAUGUUCUUGUACAUCUUCUAUGGCUUCUACGAUGCCGCGUGGCAAACUUGUGUAUACUGGUUCAUGGGCUCGUUGACCAACAACGGUCGCAAGCUCACCAACUUUGCUGGUUUCUACAAGGGCAUCCAAUCUGCUGGAGCUGCUGUCAUCUGGCGCCUGGACUCAAAGAACCUAGCGUAUAUGAGCGAGUUUGCCUCGAGCUGGGCACUCCUGCUAGGCGCUCUGGUUUGUGCUCUGCCAGUCCUGCUCAUCAGAGUUAAGGAUCACGUCAGUGUUGAGGAAGAUGUGAAGUUUUCGGACGAGACGGUCGCAGAGAUCAUUGGCACAGCGGACGGAAAACCUAUGGCUCAUGAUUCUGAGAAGGUCUGA